CACACACAAAGUUUUGCAAUAGGAUAGUUGGUCGCUGUGCUGAAAAUCUUCCAGAACCUGUUCCUGACCUACGCUCCUAAGCACAGAUCUAGGAUCAGCUCAUCCUCAUCACAUCCAAACCAAGACCUUUUUAAACCAAAAGGGGAACACUAACCUCAGACCAGCGAUUAAACCCCACGUCUUCCUGCCAAGACACUGACACUCCGUCCAGAAUUCCUCUGGACUCCAGCCGUCCAUCCAUCCAUCCAUCCACACCCCAGCCAGCCAGCCAUGGGUCUGAUGGGCGAGGACAUGGAGUGCUGUGUCUGCCUCCAGCCCUACUCUCGCAGGGAGAAGAUCCCUCGGAUGCUCCACUGUAAGCACACAUUCUGUGGGCUGUGCUUGCAGGCGAUGUCCAGGCUCCAAAGCGGCCUACUGACAGUCUGCUGCCCCCUGUGCCGUUGGAUCACCUGCACCGAGCCCAACCUCACCCUGGCGGGGUCGCUGUGGGUUAACACUGAGAUCUGGGACCAGAUACUAGACAGACAACAGGAAGAGGAGGAGGAGGAAGAGUGGAAGGGAGCUAACAGACAGACACAGACCACUACACAGUACAGAUGUUCUCCAUCAAGGCAUUGUGGCUUGAGGCUCAAACUUCAGGAUUUCCUGAGGAGGAUGAAGCACAAUGUACUGUAAACCGAGAAGACCAAGAGCAGAGAAAAAGAAGCCUGGUUUUUCCCAUUUCAGAGCAGGAGAUACUCAUUGAGUAAUGAAGCUAAUUCACAAAACAGGACCGACCAGUGAUUUUCCAUAAUGAAGCAAGAUUGAACCAAUUAUUCAUAUGCUUUGUGUUUGAUUGACUUUGGGAAUGUGUAAUGUUCUCAGUCAACUUACCUGGUAAAAUAAGGGUUAAAUUAUAAUGUUAAUAAUAAAGGAUGGAUAGGUGGAGGAAAUAAAAAGAUAUUAAAUGUAUUGAGGAAGAAGGAAAGAUAAAGGAAGUUAUGAAUAGAUGGACGGACGUACGGACGGACGGACGGACAGAUAGAUAGAUGGGUGAAGGUUAGAGACUGUGUGCUGUACAAUGUGUGUCUGUAUACAAUAUGCUGUGAACAAUGUUUAUAAUAGAUGUUUAAUGAUUUGAUAAAAGGUGUAUCACUCUCUGUCUAAUCAUGUCUCAGA